AUAGUUUUUUUCAUCAACAUUGUUAUAAUUAUAUUUAUGUUUCCAUGCUCGUUUUUCGCCAUGGAGAACAGAUUGCGAUCUUCCUCGGCACGGUAACAAAAGAAGAAUGUUUGGAAAACUCGAAAACCAAAUGCUAGUGUUCAUUUUCUAAAGCUCCCGUCACUUCAACAGUCUACAUUUUUUAGGUCAUCGCGUUUACGCCAGCAAAAUUAUUUAAGUGUAACGAAAUGGAUUGCAUCGAAAUCAAACAAACGUCCUCAAGAUUCGUCGAGAUAAGGAGCACAGUUGUCGUCGAUGAUGGCUGCGGCGGCGGGCCCGGCGGUGCCGACGGACAGGGACAGCUCACGGACGGCUCCACGGACCAGCAGGGACAGGGACAGCAAGGCGGCGGAUCCGGGGGCAUGGCUAUCUGCGGCAUCAACGGCUUCGGCCGCAUCGGGCGCAUCUUCCUGCGCGCCUGCAUCGAGGACCAGAGCGUCACCGUGGUGGCGGUGAACGACCCGCUGCUGGAACCAGACCACAUGGCCUACCUCUUCAAGUACGACUCCACGCACGGGCCCUUCAAGGGCGAGGUGCGCUUCGAGGAGAAGGCGCUCAUCGUCAACGGCCGCAAGAUCGCCGUGUACAACGAGCGCGACCCCAAGGCCAUCCCGUGGGGCAAGCACGAGGUGAAGUUCGUGCUGGAGAGCACGGGCGUGUUCCGAACCAAGGAGCAGGCGCAGAUGCACAUCGACGCGGGAGCCAAGAAGGUGGUGAUCUCGGCGCCCGCGCCCGACGUGCCGCUGUUCGUGUGCGGCGCCAACCUCGACACCUACACCCCCGACAUCAACAUCGUGUCGAACGCGUCCUGCACCACCAACUGCCUGGCGCCGCUCGCCAAGAUCAUCCACGACAACUUCCAGAUCGUGGAGGGGCUGAUGACGACGGUGCACGCAGUCACGGCCACGCAGAAGACGGUGGAUGGGCCAUCGGGCAAGGAGUGGCGCGACGGGCGCGGCGCCUUCCAGAGCAUCAUCCCCAGCGCCACGGGCGCCGCCAAGGCAGUCACCAAGGUCAUCCCGUCGCUGGAGGGCAAGCUGACCGGCAUGGCGUUCCGCGUGCCCGUGGCCAACGUGUCGGUGGUCGACCUCACCGUCAGGCUCGGCACGCCCGCCUCGUACGAUGACAUCAAGAAGAAGGUGCAGGAGGCGGUGGAGGGCCCGCUCAAGGGCAUCGGCGCCUACACCGAGGAGGAGGUGGUGUCAGCCGACUUCAACGGCGACCCGCACUCCUUCACGUUCGACGCCACGGCCGGCGUGCCGCUCAACGACCGCUUCGUCAAGCUCGUCGCCUGGUACGACAACGAGUUCGGGUACGCUAACCGCUGCGUGGACCUCAUCAAGUACAUGCACUCCAAGGGCUGAGCCCCUGGACGCCUGCCCACAUUCGUCGCUAAAUUAAACCACAUAUUUGUUACUCAUUCCUACAUUCAAUAAAUAUAACCCGGAGAAGAAUGGCGUUUUACUGUAAUAGUACAUUGAUGUGUCAAGUCUUGACCUGAUAAUUAUUUCCCCCGGAAAAUAUCUAUCAAAACUUAACAUACGAAGAUAAGCAGAAAAUAAAAAUUCCUGUUUCUUGUAUCUCCGGGACGAUUUGUAUAGCUACCUGUCCAGUUCUCCUUAUCUUACUCAAAACAAAAUAUUGUGAAGAAUUUCUCACCGACAAGUAAACGUAGUUUAUUUUUUAAAUGUAUACGUUUGCAUGGUCACAACUCUCGGCCUUCACAAAGAUCAGUGUAGACUGAUAACCGACAGUCACGAAUCCACGACUGCAUCGGACUGACCUCUUGUGUGCCAGAGGGUGGAUGCACGUAUGUAUAGAAUACUUCCUUGAUUAAUUAUUAAAAGUAUUUUAGGUCGUACGAUUGUAAGAAAGCAUCGACAGGUGUAUUGUACUUGAUUAAGUACGAAUUACCUUAUUUUCCUUUAGUUAAAGCCUCAGUCCUAAAGAACACGGGACUACUACUUUUCCUAACUUUUGUAACACUAGGUAUGUAUUUCAACCUUAUAAAGCGUUUGCAGUUUCUUAUUUUUGUACUAUUACUUGAAUAUGAUAUACUAUUAAGAUUAUACCGGUAUUAUUGUUGACAGUGAUUUACAAUGAAUCCCUCAAUAAGAGUUAUUAUUAAGGCAUUUCAAGCUUCCUCUCAAUGUAAAUUAUCUUUAGUUUCGUGUAUUUCCAAAAUAAAGUAGUGUGCCAAAGCAUGGGAGUAUUUUCUUAUUACAUCAUUAAUUAAUUGCAGCGUUUCAAUCCAUUUUGAAUUCUUGUGCACAAACAGUAGCUAUUGUUGCAGUCAUAUCGGACCCACUCUUCCCAUUUUCCUUGAAAAACAACUUUAAAGUCGCGGAACAAUAAUGUGUAAUGG